ACACCAUCCACAACUGUGUUCAAUCCUGUUAGGAUACCCUUUUCCUACAUCCUUGCUGGUUAACCCUGGAUACUUUGUGAACGGCCGAAAUAUCACCCCACGCAUGACUUUGCAUGAACUCGACCAGCGGAACAUGUAAGCUAGAGAUCCGCAGUCCUGGUCUGUCAUUUCCAAGGACUCGGUCCAUGUAGUACGAUAACUUUACCACAUGAGUGGCACUAGUGAUCAUACCUGACAUUACUUAAAGACCUCGCUUCAGCACUUUCUGUUAUAUCCUCGCUGUUGUCUUCCUAAGCUUGCAAAUCCGGCCUCUAUUGAACCAUGUCGAGUUUACAAUAUCUUCACCAGCUGAACGACCCGAGUCAUGGCAUUAUCAAACAUAGCAAUGCGACCUUACAGACGCCCUUUUCGCCACCUCACAUUACACUGGUCAACGCCUCCGACUUGUCUACCCAGAGUCACUUUGGCACUACCGCUUAUACCCCAGAAUGCACAACUCAUUCGUCGGAAACACUAGACCAAGCGAACAAACAUCCCAACUCUGACCCUAGAGCGUGCUCCGCUGGAUGCAGAAGUGCAUGUCACAACUACCCACGCGGUGACAAUCGCACCUUUUUCAUCCCGGACAAGUAUCCUUGGCAUUGUGUUGGAAAAGUCCGCACGCCAGGCGGAUGGAGAACAGGCACAAUGAUAGGACCACGCCAUGUGCUGACCGCCGCUCACGGCAUGUUAUGCCAAUCCCAGGAGAAGAACGGCUCUUUGAAUUCUGGCUGGAUUACUUUCACACCGGCAUACUAUAAUGGGAGGGGCAGUAUGGGUGAGAGCAGAGUUGUCGAGGUGAUCAUGUUGGAUGGUGAUGACAAGCAUCAUCAAAUGAUGGAUGCAGAUGAUGACAAGACAACAGUAGCGGCAUUCGAUUAUGCUGUACUGAUACUCGCAGACCGUGUUGGAGAUACGUUGGGGUGGGUAGGGACAGGAGUCUACGGCGCCGACGUUCACGAGCAUGUGCCAUUCCAGUAUCUAGGCUAUGCGAUCGAGGUGGCCAUGGGAGAGCAACCGACAGUAACGAGUGGUGGAAACCUAGGCAUCGUCGAAGAUGUAAUAUCCAAGGACAGCAGACAUCUCGAGGGCUACAUGCUGGCCGACCUUGGAGGACUCACGCCUGGCUUCUCUGGUGGCCCUGUUUGGUACUUGCCUCAGACUGCUAGCGGACCUUGUAUCGUGGGUGUGGGUGGAUGGACCAAGGGCGCAGAGGUACACAGGGACGGCAUCGACAGAGACUAUGAGUACUACAGUGGUGGGCCCACGCUUACUAAACUCGUCAGAUGGGCAACGUCUAUUCGGGCUUGAGUCACUGCCC